GUCCCUCUCUAGGCUUUGGAGAACUCCGGGGGCGUCAUAAACGGGGUGCCUCACCCCCGGUGCUAAUGGUUCCGGCCGCCCCGCCCCUCUCUGGUUGCCGCGGGUUGCGCGCGCCGAGCUCACGUCGCUAGGGCCUGGCUGCGGCGGCGCGUCCGUCCGCGCUGUGCCCGGGGCUGCCCGAGCAGCUUGGGGUCCCGGGGUCCAGGCCGCAGAUAAAUUGGGGUGUCGGAAGCACCCGCGGAGGAAUCCACACCAGGUGGGGAAGAAGCAUGAGGUUGCAGCCGACAUCCGCGAGCCGAGAUGCUCAGCUUUACUUAUUAGGUGUGGCUUACAUGUGUGACUUUAGCUUUCGAAGCUUCAGUUUUGUCAUCUGUAGAAUGGACAUCACCGAAGCCACUUCGCAGGACUGUUAAGAGGAUUAAAUGAAACAAUGUUUGUAAAGCUCUUUGCACAAGGGAGUCCUGGAGGCAGGGCCUGGCAGGCAGAGCAUGCCCGGUAUCACUGGGGACCAUGGGCAGCAUGAAAACCCCCGUGGAGCUGGCCAUCAGUGGGAUGCAGACCCUCCACCUUCAGCACCGUUGCCGGGGUGGCUACCGGGUCAAGGCCAGGACAUCCUAUGUGGAUGAGACUUUGUUUGGCAGCCCUGCGGGUACCCGGCCCACACCACCAGACUUUGACCCACCUUGGGUGGAGAAGGCCAACAGAACCAGUCGAGUGGGCACAGGGACAUCACAGGCCUUGGGGGCCAACGGGAGCUGUGAGAACACCUCCUCCAGGGUCAGCACCCCGACCCUCACACCGAGGAAGAAGAACAAAUACAGACUGAUCAGCCACACUCCUUCUUACUGCGAUGAGUCGCUGUUUGGCUCCCGACCCGAGGGCACCAGCUGGGAGGGCCCGUGGAUGGCAAAGGGGGAUGCUGCAAAACUCCAUGCCCUCUUCUGGACACCCCCAGCCACCCCCAGGGGCAGCCAGUCGCCCCGCCCCAGGGACACCCCACUGCGAGCCGUUCACCCAGCUGGUCCCUCGAAGCCAGAGCCCAAGGUGGCGGCAGAUACCCGGAAGUUGUCCGUGGACGGGUUAGACUCUCCACGCCCUCCGAGGCGAGAACGUUCCCAUUCCCUCACACACCUGAAUGUCCCCGGCACGGGUCGCCCACACACCAGUGCCUCCCACGCCAAUGGGCCUCGGGAUUCCAGGCCUUCCCCGUCGGGGGUGACCUUCCAGAGCCCCCUCGUGACUCCCAGGGCUCGCUCAGUCCGUGUUUCAGUGCCAGCCGCCCCUCAGCGAGGUGGGGCCACCCAGAAACCAAAGCCCCCUUGGAAAUGAGUUUCUUGGUUCUCAGGUUUGCUCAUGGGUCACAGUGAGGGGCACGGUUUCAGAGGAGGGCACUGGUUGGGGGCGCCUCUGGAGAACCAGGGUCUCCUAGGUAACCACGAGGCAUCGGAGAAGCGCUCGUGGGGGCAGACGCAGCGAGGGCGGGCCGUGCCUCUGUGCUGACAAUCGCCAGUUCCUACCUUUUACCCCAUCGUGUGGAUUUGACAGCCGCCCCUUAAGAUUCCUGUACUGGUGUUGCCAUGGCCACAGGCCGUAUGAGUGCCAACCCGGGGGUGCCCCUGGGAGGGGCCCGCCGCUCCCCCAUCACUCCCACAACGUCUUGCCACCAAGUGUGACUAAGUAGCACGAUCGCCAACCUGGAAGGUCCCUUCUUCAAGCCAAGCUUCCUGCUCAGGAUGAGUUUCCAGCUGAGUCUGGAGUUUUCCCAGGCUCAGUGUGUGGACCGUGGGAAACAGGAUCUGGGUGACAUGCGGGUGGGCAUUUUUUAAUUUUAAUAAUCAUGUAUUUGUUUCCAUGUAUUAAAUAUAUCAGUAGCGUAUCAAAGCCA